GCAUUAUUUUGAGCAGCCCCUCGGCAGAUUCCCAGCUGUCACGCUUUUCCCGUGCUGUGCUCCUAUGAUGGUGUGAAGCAGCCUCUCAUGGAUCGGAGAAGCGAGGACUGGCUCCGGCACCAUCAGUCUGAUAUGCCACAUGCUGAUGGCUGUGAGGACGGAGGAUACCAGGGUCCAAGGAGCUACAGAAACCACUUGUGCAUGGAUACCGCCAGCGAUUUAUGGAGUCAGCGUGAGUGUCAUGAGGGAAGACAAAGACAGGAUUGCAGAGCCUAUGAGAACAGAGCCUAUGAGCCUGAGACAUAUGCUUGCGUGAGUGACAAAGGGAUGAGAGAUAGUGAUCACUAUCGAGAUAGUGAUUGCUAUCAAGAUAACGAAUGCAAAGAGCAGCAUACUCAAGGAUGGUAUGGCCGAGAAAGUGGCUACGAGGGCUACCGUAAUAAUGGUCGAAGCAUGUCACAUGAUCGGCACGGCAACAGCUAUGAUAGUGACUUUUAUGAUGAGCACAAGCAGAGAAAGUUACCAAGACACAGUCAUCAUAUACAGGGAAGUGUCAACAGUCAACAGAACAUGAUGCAAGGUGAGAUCAGGGAUCAUGAAGUCGACUUUUAUGAUUGUUAUGGUAGCACUCGGGACAUUCCCAGAAGGAAAGUGAGUGACAGUUCUGAUAGAGGCUACAACGCUUGUGGAAGUCAGCGACCAGUAAGGAUGGAUUCUGAAGCACACUACAAGAGAGAUAACAGCUGCUCUUCAACUGCUGAUGAACAUUGGAACGACACAAGAACUUAUAAUGACUGUGGAAGGUUGAACGGAAAGUACAAAACCGAAGAAAAAUAUGUCAAGGAUAAAAGUGACCUGUACUGCUGGAGGGGUCACCAUUACACAGAAAUGAGAGAGGGCGUGUGUCGCCAUGCUGAGUUGAGUUAUUAUGAGCCUAGAAGCUACAGCUUUAGAGAGCAGAGCUACAAAGAUGAUUACACAGAAGAUGAAUACUCGGAGAGGAGCAGAAAGGAUGCCAACGGGUAUUGUGACAGACAUGAGAGAGAUAAUGCUUUCUAUAGCCAGUAUAGGAACCAGGAAAGUAGUGGCAGCAAAGGACAUUUGUACUGUUAUAAUCAAAGGGCUGAAAAUGGGUACCUUGUACAUCGAAGUUCACAGCAGUAUAUGGAUAGGAGAAAAAGCCCUGUUGAGACUUUUCAUCAACAUGAGCCAUGCAGGAUGGACGCUGAUUUGGUGCAACGGCAGGUAGACCACGACAGCAGUCAAAAUGAACCACAUGUGUACAGAAACAGGGCUUAUGAAGAUGAUGACGUCUACGUUAGUGAAGACAUCUCUCAUACCCAAACUAUGUACCCAGAGGAAAGUAACAGUGAUGAUCAUUUGCAUUACCAUAAACGAAGACCCAGUGAUGACAGCCUUUCAUAUUGUAGUUCACAUGGCUACAUCGACAAAACUCACGAAACCGAGGACAUUGUUGAGGGUCACCGGGGAGAAUUGCAGAGAAUCGAUAUGGAAUCCAAAUUGGCACAACUGGAACAAAGUUCUGCUAGAAAACGCCAUGGAAACAGUCUCCCUAAACUCCUCGUCACUCAGAUGCCAGCAGCACGGGAAAAUUCAGCAAUUCCAAAGCGAACGCCACUGACACCGACAACAUUCGCUCUCACUGAUGAUGCUGAAGAAGGGCUUCUUGAAAUUCCACGAUGCACAGAAAAUAGCAGACGACAGUCAUUUGGAAAGCAUGCUGGACCCCUUGUGAAUGAAGGGUCACAGAGGUUUGCCACAAUGAAAAAUGCAAGAAGGAUUGCAGAGGAAAUGGGAAUGGAAGAAGCCAGAGCUGAGGCAAGGGUUGUGGAAGAGCAGGUGGAAGAAUUUUUGGAAGAAUAUGGUGGACAAGUGAAGCGCACAAGUUGGGCUCGGAGGAAUCAACUUCAGAGGUCACCACCGCAAGAAGGGGAGAAAUUUGAUGCCUGGAACUUGAAAAGCUUCAAGGCCAUGAAGAAAGCCUCAGAACUUGGCAGGGAUAUCACAACGUGGCUCACAAUGUGGUCAAGUGCACUUAAAACCAUUGAAGGUCACUUUGGCACUGGGGUGGUGUCGUACUUCUUGUUCCUGCGCUGGCUGCUGCUGCUCAAUCUGCUCAUGUUCCUGCUGCCAGCACUGUUCAUCAUCACCCCACACUGGAUCCUACCCACCGUGUUUGAGCCAAAUGAAACGGCCUACACUGCAGUUACCACCAUCCUGACUGACCUGCGAGUGAUGGAAUUGUCGUCAGUACGACUGUCUGCACCAAACCUCCUGUCUGCAGCAGAGAUGGACGACGUCUGGGCAGCUGGCAACCGCACCUUGCCGAAGAUGCAGGAGUGCUACGAUAAGUACCACACACGAGUGGCUGGCCAGACCAAGGGAGGCAUAUCACAGCUCCAGGAUUUCCUUCAGGGAACGGGCUGGAUGGAGCUGACAGCAUUGUUUGCCGGCCGUUACAUCAACUCGGUUGACCACAUAGCGGGCACCAAGCUUCGCUACAACUUCCCCCUGGCCUAUGUGCUGACGAAUGUUGCCUGCUUUGUGCUCUGCUUGCUACUUAUGGUCCGAUACACCACAGCUGGAGUUCGGGAGGCACUGCUGGUGUCGGAAGGGAAGCUGCAUCGAUACUGCAACAUGGUGUUUGCCUCCUGGGACUUCUGUAUCACCGAUGAGCGAACUGCACGACUGAAGCAUGUCAGCAUUGUUCAGGAGCUGAAGAGUGACCUGGCAGAAGAGCGGCGCAGGGCAGAGAUUGCCAGCUGGUCUCGCCGCAAGAAAGUUGGCUUGUUUGUCGUGCGACUUUUGGUCAACCUCUUCGUGGUUGCUGUCAUUGUAGGCUCUCUUUUCGCUGUCUACAAUGCAACUAGCUUUUCAUUUCAGAGGCAAUCUCAGGCGCAGACUACUCAUAAAACUCUUGCAUUGGUGAUUCAAUUCGUGCCCUCGUUGGUAAUCACGGGCCUCAACCUUAUAGUGCCUGCGCUCUUCUCCAAGCUCAUCCGGCUUGAGAACUACUCGGUCGCAUUUCAAGUCAAGCUCACCUUGCUCAGGACAGUGUUCCUGCGCUUCACAUCCAUUUUUGUGCUGCUGCUGUCGCUGUACAAGCAGAUCAACUGCUCUCCUGUCAGGGAGAACAACUGCCUAGAAGGUUACGGGGAUUGCAAGAAGCCAAUGUGCUGGGAAACAGCAGUUGGUCAGCAGAUCUACAAGCUCACUAUGUUGGACUUUAUUGUUGGAGUGACUCUAGUCUUUGUUGUAGAGUGCCCGCGAAAGUUAAUAGUCACUCGUUGUGAGUGCAAACUGGCCAAGGUGAUUGGCCAGCAGGAGUUCAACAUUCCAAACCGAGUCCUGGAUCUCGUCUACUCACAGACACUUUGUUGGCUUGGGACUUUCUACUGCCCACUCUUGCCUGCAAUCACCUUGAUCAAGUACUUCAUCAUCUUUUAUGUGCAGAAGUUCACGCUGAUGAACAACAGUGCACCAUCUCAGACUCCGUACCGGGCGUCUCGAUCCAACACAUUUUUUGUUAUUGUCCUGCUGUUGGCUCUGUUUCUUGCUGUGAUUCCAUUCUCUUAUGCCCUCGUGGAGAUACAGCCGUCGUUGUCGUGUGGGCCAUUCCAGAAGUAUUUUUUCACGUGGGAGGUAGUGCCUGACCUGAUCAAUUCAUGGAAGGACCACCCCUGGGGAUGGUAUGUGGUCAAGGCUGUGGACUUCCUCACCAGCGUUGCUUUUGGCGUGCCUGUGGUCGUGGUGCUGGCGAUCAGCAUUUACUAUUACUAUUCUGUGGCAGCUGCACAUGCUCACAUGGAAAAGGUCCUCAAGGACAAGCUUGUCCUCGAAGGGAAGGACAAACAGUUCCUUCUUGCCAGGAUUACCGAAGUUGCACGCCAACGACCUUCGUCGACAGCAUAGUCAUGGCCACAAGUAUUUGAUGUGACCUGUUCACACCAAAGCUUGUUUGGUACUGCCAUGUUUUACCGCACUCCAAAUUGCCCUGACGCUCUUGUCACAUAUCUCAGCCUUGAAUGCAGUGACAGCUAAAGUUAGAGCCUGGCAAUGCCUGUGGUGAACUAGCAGCUGAACUGCAUCCGGUGUGGCUGUGGCAUUUCGGAGGAAACUUUAUCUUGGGAUCAGCUCUUAUUUUUCUAUUCAGAUAUGAUGAAACUUCCAUAUAAUGAUUAUGGAUAUAAUGAAUUAUUGGAUAUAAUGAUAAGCAAAAUACUUCUUGCCAAUAAUAGUGUGUAGUGAAUAUAUGCUUAUAACAAAUUUAAGAUAUAAGAGAAUUAUUUUUGUGGCAGAUUCAACUUCGUUUUAACGAGUUUCAAUUGUACCUCUGAAACGUAGAAAUGCUUUCAUUAGGCAACUGCCGAGCCAACUGGAAUGAAUUUUUUUGUUUUUAAGGAAGAUCAAUUCUGUGAGCUGUAAAAGCGAAAAUGUUAUUUACGGCCUCAAUGCUUCUACAAAAAUUACUGAAAAUCGGUAAAAAAAAAAGCGAAGCACAAUAUUUAUAAAUUCUUAAUGUUGUACCAGAACCAGAUAUUGUGGUUCUAUAAACUGCAUAUGUUACAGCAUCUGAAUCGGACAAACAUUAUAUAUGAGUCUACAGCUUUAUGUGACAAUGCUACAAGGUUUACAGGGAUUUGGUUAAACCCGGCUCACAAAUUGGUGGUACAUUUUAGAGCGGUGUAUAAUACUGUGCCAAUUUUCUCUGCUUUGGAUGUCUCAAUGCAUGCAGUUUAUAGAACUGCGAUAUUGUCUUUUUAUUGCCGAGUUACCAAGUUUUAAACUUGAUGCUUGUGUUCUUUUAGAAUUUUGCAAUUGUCAACGACUUGCAUAAAGAAAUAAUGGCAUAAAUAAGAGAUCUGCUUUUUACAAUCCAUAGAUAUUUACUUUCUCCUAUAAAUGCAGCCAACCUCACUGAAUUCGGUGCUGUGAAAGCAGAGAAAAACGAUUUCUUCAUUCUCAUGCAUUUGCAUAGGAGCCCCAGAGCUAAAGCUACCUCUUAAGCCUUCAACGGUUACUUACUUUGAUUGCGUACAUUAUUUAUCACAAUGUGUUUUAGCAUUGUGUUUUAUGCAAGUUCCAUAUGGUAGGCAUGAGCUGUUGCAACUGUUUUUUGAGCGUGCAGCAGUGGGUGGCUUGUUUACAAGAGUGCCAUUGGUUAAGUCUAAUCUCUAUCUACAGCUCUCUGGCAGAAGUGAAUCAGUUUGUACAAUAUGAUUGAGAGCACAUUGAUGUUUUUUGUUGUUUGCUAGGCAGAUCUGCCACAUUGCAGCAGUAGCUGUGAACUAGCCAACUUUGUGUGGCAUGUCUGUGGGAAGUUACUUGAGCCUACUUUCCCGAAUGACUGCUACAACUUCUUUUGUGAACAUCACUUCGAAUCAGUGUGUUCAGCAUGCCUUGAGCUGGGGAAAACUUGUUGGCUGCUUAGGUGCAUUCUGUGCUUAAUUUUAUUACACACUAUAGUGUGUUUAUUCCUUUUAAGCAACCCAAUUCAUGUUUGUGUCUUAAAGGGACACUAAAGGCAAAUACGAAGUCAAGCUAAAGUGAUAGAUUAGUGCUCAAGAAUCUCUAAGGCGUCAAUAUUAUCACGAACAGAGCCUUAAUAUUCGAGAAAUCGAGGUAAAUGCAGGACAUGAUUAAAGACUCCCCCAGAACAUUCAAGCACUUGCCCAAUGACAAAAGCAUUCCUCAGUUAAAUUCUGUAUCUAGUACUCAACUACUCAUUGCAAAAACAUCCUCGUACUGUUUUAUAAGAAAAAAUGAAAUGCUACUUACCCCGUCCACUUCAUGUUUAGAAAAAACUCAUUGAAAUUACCAUUGACAACGAUGCAAGCGGUCGAAAGGUUUCUUUUUCGCUCGGCUCUGCGUCACCCACGCUUUUGCGUUUCAGUACUUUCCUGAUUGUGUAGUGCUACGCUGGUUUUGCUGGCUCGCGAAAACUGCAAGUAGCAGAGAAGUCAACUUCCAUGUGAUAUCGCGGGGUGCCCUAACGGUCUACGCCACCUGACCAAAAAGCAGUUGCAGCGGCAAAUCCACUGCUUUGUCUUGGCUCGGUGCCACCGUCUGUUUGGCGUCGUUUUACUCACCGAUGGCAGCAAAAGGCGGGGGUGACGUAUGCAAUGUCACCACUAACUCGGUUGUGUGGCGGGAGAUUUGAGUUUCGAAAAAUCUAUUUGGAUACUUCAGAUACAAUUUUCUCUUAAACUAAGUCUUUUCUUGGCAUGAAACAAGCGUUGCGAGGUUUCUGGAAAGGUAUUUAAACAGUCCACAUCGACUGAGUAUUUGCCUUUAGUGUCCCUUUAACAUGGAAGACUGUGAUAUGGAAUAUUUAAAGGCAUAUAUUUUGGCUCACUAGGGGCUACACACUCCUUAAAACCCAAGAGGCAGCAGGAAGCCUGCACUUGCUGCUGGCCAGAUAUUCGGGAAAGAUGCUAUUCAUGUGAAUUGAUUGCGUGACACCCAGAACACCCAAGGUGCAAUAGUUUUUGUACAACUUGGAGUUACAAGCUUAACUAUAUGUUAGCCACUGCACAUCUUAACCAUGGCCAAGUCACUUCAUGUGACCAGUUGGGUCCCAUUUUCAUUAUCAAAUUUUCCCCACUUGCUGUGUCACUUUUAUUUAUUGUUGGAUUUUUUAUUGCUUGCACUCUUCAGGAUUAAUCUUUCCUGCAUGAAGAAGUCUCGAUUCUUAAGGACCACAUAGUUACCAUCUAGAAAUGGUGCUUUUUCUUGUGUGUUUCCUUAGGUGAUCGCAUAUUUCCUGCCAAGAAGCUGAUUUUUGCUGAUGGACUGUAGUCCAUCAGCAAAAGAGCCAUCUGCCCACAUGUGGGCACAUGGCUCUUAAUAAAGACACUCUUGUCACAAUAUUUUCUGCACAUUCUAAGGUUGCGUUGACUCCUAGCUAGGGUUACUGUUCUUAGCAUAUCCUUUUUUAAAUUGCUGAUCUUGCAGUGGAAAGAAGACAUUUUGUAUUGUAUAUGCUGUUUUAUAUUUGAAUGCAAGUUUUUGUGCUUGUUUGUAUUAAAUAAAGCAUGGUUAAUGUCAGAAAGGGCAUUUUUAAAGAACAA